AUGGACGGUUCCCCAGCGUCCCUGGGUCGUUCCUGGGUUUAUCCCACAGUUAUUCUCUGCCUGUUUGGAUUUUUCUCCAUGAUGAGGCUCUCAGAACCAUUCCUCAUCCCGUAUUUAUCCGGGCCACACAAAAACCUGACAAGCGCAGAGAUCACUAAUGAGAUCCUUCCUGUGUGGACUUACUCUUACCUGGCGCUGCUCUUCCCCGUGUUCGUCCUCACCGAUUACGUCCGCUACAAGCCCGUCAUCGUCUUACAAGGCAUCAGCUUCAUCGUCACCUGGCUGCUGCUGCUCUUUGGCCAAGGGGUGAGAACGAUGCAGGUCGUAGAGUUCUUCUACGGGAUGGUCACCGCCACCGAGGUGGCCUACUACGCCUACAUCUACAGCGUGGUGAGCCCGGAGCACUAUCAGAGAGUGAGCGGCUACUGCAGGAGCGUCACCCUGGUGGCCUACACAGCAGCCUCCGUGCUGGCCCAAGUCCUCGUCUCCCUGGCCGGCGUCUCCUACUUUCACCUCAACGUCAUAACCAUGGUGUACGUCUCCAUAGCCUUCCUCCUGUCGCUGUUUCUUCCGAUGCCCAAGAAGAGCAUGUUCUUCCAUGCCAAACCCAAAAAAGAAGCCGAGAAGGCAGCCGGCAGAAACACGAUGUUAGGCACCUCUCACCAGGGUGAUGCCCCGGGCUGUGAAGAGGAGAAACCCACUCCAGAAACACCCACCUUUGCCAGGAAUCCGAAUGAUGGCCAGUUGAGUUGGUCAAAGCCAGAAAACGUGGCUUUGAGAGUCUUUGUGCAGUGGUUCCAGGACCUGAAGGAAUGCUACUCCUCCAGGCGACUCUUUUACUGGUCUCUGUGGUGGGCUCUUUCCACGGCAGGUUAUAACCAGGUUCUGAACUAUGUUCAAAUACUGUGGGAUUACAAGGCUUUGUCCCCAAAUUCUCCCAUCUAUAACGGAGCAGUAGAAGCUAUUGCCACCUUUGAAGCGGCCAUGGCUGCCUUUGCCGUCAGCUACGUGAAGAUCAGCUGGAAUCUCCUGGGAGAGCUGGUGCUGGGGGCCUUCUCCGCGGCCAACGCAGGUUCCCUGUUCCUCAUGCAUUACACCACCAACAUCUGGGUGUGCUAUGCCGGCUACUUGAUAUUCAAGUCAUGCUAUAUGUUCCUCAUCACCAUAGCCGUAUUUCAGAUCGCAGUUAAUCUGAGUGUAGAACGCUAUGCCCUGGUGUUUGGGGUCAACACGUUCAUUGCCUUGGUGAUCCAGACCAUAAUAACUCUGGUCGUAGUUGAUACAAGAGGACUGAAACUGCCAAUUAGCAUUCAGUUUUUCGUUUAUGGGAGCUACUUUGCAGCAGUUGCUGUGAUUUUUCUGUUGAGAAGCAUGUAUGUUAUAUACUCGGCCAGAAGCACCAAGCGGAUGCUGCAGAGUUCAGCCGGUCAGCGGAAACCAAGGAGCCCACACCCGGAGGAGCCAAGUCCUGUGACCACAGAAAUAAAGCUCUAG